GUCGGAGGGAAGGCCGCCCGAAGCCCGCGCCCAAGCAGGGACUACAUUUCCCGAGGGGCCUCGGCGGAGGCAGCAGCAGCGGCGGCGGCGGGCGCGGCGACGUCCCCCGGAAGUGGAGCCCGGGACUUCCACUCGUGCGUGAGGCGAGCGGAGCCGGAGACAAGAGCAGAGGCCGAACUCGGGUUCUGACAAGAUGGCCGGGCUGCCUCGCAGGAUCAUCAAGGAAACCCAGCGUUUGCUGGCAGAACCAGUUCCUGGCAUUAAAGCAGAACCAGAUGAGAGCAACGCCCGUUAUUUUCAUGUGGUCAUUGCUGGCCCCCAAGAUUCCCCCUUUGAGGGAGGGACUUUUAAACUUGAACUAUUCCUUCCAGAAGAAUACCCAAUGGCAGCACCUAAAGUACGUUUCAUGACCAAAAUUUAUCAUCCUAAUGUAGACAAGUUGGGAAGAAUAUGUUUAGAUAUUUUGAAAGAUAAAUGGUCCCCAGCACUGCAGAUUCGCACAGUUCUGCUAUCAAUCCAGGCUUUGUUAAGUGCUCCUAACCCAGAUGAUCCGUUAGCAAAUGAUGUAGCCGAGCAGUGGAAGACCAAUGAAGCCCAAGCCAUAGAAACAGCGAGAGCAUGGACUAGGCUAUAUGCCAUGAAUAAUAUUUAAGUCAAUCAGAUCAUCAAGUGUACAUCACUUCUCCUGUUCUGCCAAGACUUUUCCUUUUUUUGUUUGCAUUUAAUGGACACAGUCUUAGAAACAUUACAGAAUAAAAGCCCAGGCAUUUUCAUCUUUGGUGAUUACAUGCACAUUAGCAAAUCUAUGUCUUGUCCUGAUUCACUGUUGGAAAGCAUGAGCAGAGGCUAGAAGUGUCAUCCGGGUUGUUGUGAAGUGUUUAAAAGCAGUGACUCUGCUUGGAUUCAUUUCCCCAUCAUGGUUUAAGUACAAAGCACUGUGAAUGAAGGUAGUUGUCAGGGUUAGCUGCCAGGGGUAUGGGUGUUUUUAUUUUAUUUUUUAGGGGGAAAGUUUUAUUUUAAUUUUAUGGUUUCCUUUCUCCUUCCCCCUCUUAUGGGAUCUAAUUGCAGUGGUUAAGUGCAGCUAACCAGUUUUUUUAGCAUAUGCUCUCUAGCAAAGUCUAACUUUAGACGCUGUAGAUGGACAAGCUUGAUUGUCUGAACCAAAAUGGGAACAUUAAAUAAACAUCACAGCCCUCACUAAUAACAUUGUGACUUUGCUGUCAAGUGUAGAUUCUCUGCCCCAUCCCCCCAAAAGAAGAAGACGAAGAAGAAGAAAAAGCUUGUGACCAUUUUGUAUGGCUUGUCUGGAAACUUCUGUAAAUCUUAUGUUUUAGUAAAAUAUUUUUUGUUAUUCUACUUUGCCUUUGUACAGUUUAUUUUACUGUGUUUAUUUCACUUUCCCGAUGUGACAAUCGUAUUUAAAAUUUAAACAGAUGGAACAUUCUGUUUUGGUCUCCAUUUGACAAAUUGAUUGGCAAAUGGAGAAUUCUACCAGUUUGUUUCAUUGAUGCGGAUUUGUGAUAGGACUUUACUGGAUGAUUUUUACUUAAUUUAUGAAUAUAAACUGGCUCUGAGCAUGAA